AAGCCGGACGGUCCGUCGUGGUCGUCGACAACCGGUGUGUAUGUGUGUGUUCGAUUAUUAUCUUCACAACAGAGUGGUAAAUAAAGAACAGCGUAUCUUCGUCCAAGAUUAAUCUUAAUGCCUUAUAAAUUAUUACUUGGCUAAUAUUAUUGUUAUUGUUCCCUUUGAACUGCUGCUGCAGUGUGGAGUGUGUGUGUUUAAUUGUUGGUAACACGCGGGUGCUACGAAAGGGAAAGGAGUGAAGAAGAAUACUCGAUCGCGUGCGUUCGCAUCGUUUACUACUUCAAGUGAUCACCGCCGCACACCGUCGCCGUCCGCGUGUUUAUCCGCGUGUGUUCGUCUUGUGCCGCGUACGCGACACCGUCAGCAUGAUGUCACUAUACAGGACUAUAAGGGGCACGAAUGGCACCCAAAAACGAGUCAGAGAUAGAAGCUGCCCGUCAUUAUCAGUGACUAGCGACAUGAUAUCAAGACGGCGCAUACUAUCCAGAUCUCGAGACGAUCUGAACCUGGAGUCCGGAGCCGGAUUUCCUGUUCAGGUGGAGGACGAAGAAGACGUCUGGUACAGCAAGGAUAAACUGUAUAAGGAUCACAUCCAAGAAGUUUUAGAUAAAUGGACUCAAAUCGACGAUGAGAUAUGGGCCAAAGUUAUUGUAUUGGAAAGGAAUCGUCGGGUGGCCAAAGCUUACGCCCGAGCUCCCAUACUUACCGUAAAUGGCUCAGAUGAAGGAUUCGACGGAUACAGAAUCGGUGUAAAUGGCUUUGACAAUCCUAUGCGUGAUCCUAAGACCGAAGAAGUAAAAAAACAAGUGGGCCUUGGUGUAAAAGUAAAAAUGGACGACCAAGGAAACAUUUUAGUGAAAAGGCUAUCCGGAAAAAACGUUUAUGUUAAAAGCGUAUCAAAUGCUGGAGAAGAAACCAGCAUCGGAGCGGACGUGCUCAAAUUACCCAACUACUGUCUGGAAAACGACAAACCGGUUAAGUUGUUUGACAUGAAAAAAUUCCAACAGAACGUAUCUAGAGAACUACGAAGAGCUUAUCCAGACAGAAGGCGUUUGGAAUGUCAAUGUUUAAGUGCCAUCAGCUUUGUUAAAAAUGAACAAGACAUGUUGGAAAGCCCAAUAUGGGUGCUAAUCAUAAACGUCGUAGCCAUGGAUAUGCUCAAAUCGAAAUUGCCACCAAUUGUUUACGCAGUGAAACGCUCUGUGGAUAUCAAGAACCGGCCGAGAAUCCCGAUUCCGGACGAAGACCCGUACAGCAUAGCGGGCGCUAAUAUGACUGCGGCAAACAGAGAACAGCUGAUGAUGCAGACUGCAAAUCGUCGUGGAGAUAAACCGCCAAAAUUACCACCAAGGGAUCCAUCAAACCCGUACCCUCAUGAUAUUCCUAAGCCUGACUAUGAUGACAUCGAAGAAGAAGAAAACCGAUUGAUAAAUGGCAUGAAGCAGUUUACCUCAUCCCGAGGAAAAGAUAAAGUCAAGGACAAUAAAAAAUAUGACGACCCCUAUUACUGUGGGCUAAGAGCAAGAGUUCCGAAUUUUGUAAAAACGUCAAAUGGAAAGACUAAGGAUGCCAAAGAAAUAUUGAUUAGCCACAAACUCAGUACAGCAGUGCCCCCUUCCAGGUACCAACAAAACACGAUGGCUCUGUCGAACGGUCACCUAUCCGCUGCCGUACACUAUCACCACCAAAUACAACCUGCUAUGUGGCACACACGUAGCUUCGACAGUGGAAUGGAUGCCGAAGUAUUCGAUUCACCUUACAAUCACAUAUACGGCCGCCUGCCCAUACCCACCAGAGGUUACAUACCGGCAGGUCACAGGACUCCAAUGUACGUCGGCGAUUGGGACUAGAUAUGGCAAGACAGCCACGUCCGUGACGGUUUUAAACAAAAAACGAAAAAUAAAAAUAAUAUAGAUUCUAAUAAUAUUAUGUUGUUCUUGACUGACACACUUGACAUGUGUGGAAACGUAUUCCCAAGUCUUUAUUUUUAUAUCAUAACUUUUAUUAUUAAUAAAAUUGGUUAUAAUUAUCUAUGACCAGUAUUAAUUAGAUUAAGCAAUCAUUUUGUAGAUUGAUUUUAUAGUUUGCAUACAUGUUAAUUAUAAUGAUUUUAUACAUAACGUAGUGAAACCCAAAUUGUAUCUAAUGGGUACCACAAAGUCAUUAGGUAGACGUAUCCUUUAAUUAGCAGUCAUCCGCUCGUGAAGUUAAACUUUAAGGGUUGUUAUUGUUAUUUGAUAUCAUUUAAAUAGUACAUAAUACGUUUCAAACCUUGAUAUUUUUUAGUGUAAAUUUCUUUGCAGACAUUGGGCUUUACUGCGUUUUGUAGGUUCACCAUUUUAGUUGUUGAAUCAUAAUGACAGACUAACUUGUAAAUUUUUUUUUGUAACAAACAUGCGUACCAUUGUAAAUUAGACGAAAAUCGAGCUGGUGUGGGGAGUAGUACAGAAAAACGAUCCAAAUCUUCGUAUGACAUUUUCUUAACAAGAUUAGUUUAAUUAUAUGUUUAUUGUAUAAAAUUAUUUAUAUAUUUCGUUGUUUUAUAUUUUAAUUUUAGACUACUUAAUUCGUCAUUAUUAUUAUUGAUACUUUUUUUUGUAGAAUUAAUUACUUAUAAUAAUAAUAAUAAUGAUAAUUAUAUAAAUUGUAUAUAUUAUAUAACGUUAAUUACGCUGUGCGCUCAGACGGACAGUGAUUUCACCGUUGAAAGUCGAGCGGAUCAAAUAAACGUUGUUGUUGUUUAAUAAUGAUAAUUAUAUCAACGAUGUGAUCAAUAUAUUUUUAUCUAUAUAUAAAUAUUAUUAUACGUAUACAUACCAGAUAAUUGUAGUAAUAUUGUAAUAAUAAUUUACGUACUUUUAAUUUGUAAACAGAGUAGCGUUUACUCUCAUUUUUUUCUGUCAAUACCUAAUCCUCCAUACCCUUACUACUAUAAUUUUAAUAUACGUUACGAAGUGAUUCUUUCGUAUCUAUUGUAUUUAUGUUUUAAUAAUGAUAAAAUAAAAUAUAAGAACGUAUGUACAUCAA